CAGAAAGCAAAUCGAAAAGAAAGGGGCCGUCCCCGACUCGCGCCACCAUGGAAAUGGUGGAGGCGGACGCGGCGGUGGCGGCAAGUGCGUGGCCUGGUUCCUCCCGCCGCAGCCACCUCCUCCAGUUCCUCCUCCACGCCUCCAACCGGCUCGACCUCCGGCCCAUCGUCAAGUACUCCGCGCUCUCGUUCUUCGACGGACGCUUCCUCCCCGCGCUUCCGAGGAAGAUGGGGUUCUGCGGCGCACGAAGUGGACGGGUCGUCAGGUCGUGGCUGAUCGAGCCCCUCAGGGACAGCAACCUGGAGCUCUUCGCGCUCGUCGCGGUGUGGAUCGCCAGCAAGAUCCAUGAGAUGAGGCCACUGUCGGUGAAGAGCCUCAAGGCGCUCAGCGACCGCAUCAUCGCCGACCAGCAUUUCACAUGCCGUGAUUUCGCGGAUGCUGAGCUGGUGUUCAUGGAGGUAGUGGAUUAUAAUGUUGGGUGUUCCAACAUUGCUUUCAUAUACCUGGAGCAGCUUCUCAUUCAGUUCAGGGAAAUAUCGAAGUUGGGUGAUCUUUUAAGUAUGGAUGUGUGCAUGGAAAUUUUGGAUGUUCUUCAUGAGACCGAAGAUACCUCAUGGCUUUUUGACUUUCCCUGUCCACUUGCUGCUUCAACUCUUGUUACUGCAUAUGUUAUGUCAGUUCCUAAGCAGACAUGGGAGUUUCCAAUCCUUCCUUGGGUCCGAUUUACCACAUCAUAUGCUGAAGAAGAGAUCAUGAAGAUUGUUAUGACAAUUCUCAUGCAUGUACUCAAACCGGAUGAAAUCAAAGAGAAGAACAAGAGAGAGUUCAGUAUCUGAGGCUCAUUGCAAACUGUUUAUGUGUAGAGCAAAAGUAGUUGUGUCCAAAUUUUACCAGUGGUAAGUACUAACACCGUGCAACCAAGUGAUUGUGUAGAAGAUAGUGCAGCUUGUUUGCAUCCACAAUGUGGGAUUAAGAUUUCCAAAAUUGCCGUGGCCGCUAAUUAGAUCUGUAAAAAAAAUGUUGCUGAAUGUAUUGUUGCCACACGAGUACAUGACAAUUCAGCUCAGAUGACUGACUGACUCACGCCGUGAUGCUAGAUCUCUCCUCGAUCCUUGUGUCCAUGUGGCACUCACCAAUUUUCUUUCCAUUUGAUGGUUAUGAUGACAUCAAGACUCUUGGAUUCUGCUUUUGUCUUCCUGCAAUUGUAUAACAUGACAUGAAACAAUUUUAUUCAGCGUAUCAUGACAA